UCUUUGAUGAAAAUGUGCCGUUGAUAUUUUAAAAACAGGUUUAAGCAAUACUUUGUCUUCAAAAGCCGUAAUGGCAUCUCCACUUUACCAUCCCAUUUUUCGCUCCCUUUCAAACCCUUUCUCUCUCUCUCUUUUGCUUUUGGUGGGUAGGUGCUGGUACUCUUUGUUUUCUCUUUCUCUCGUUGCUUUGUUUUGAUACUACUGCCUUGCUCUCCUGUAAGAACUAGCGUAAUUAGCUUCCAUGAAGGGUUCAACUUCAACAGAGGGCUGGAGUUUGUGAAUUUGAGGAGGUCGUAGACAAUUUUUUUCCCCUAAGUGAGAACGUAUUGGCUGUACAUGCACAUCUCAUUGCCCUUAUCUGAAGUCAUUAUCAAACAAAGUAGGAAGCAUGCUUUGUUGUCGUGGUUCAACCAACAAGUAUAGCAGGUUGGAUGCAAAGCUUGAAAAGAAAAUGGUUGAAUUUAAAAGAGGUUCCUUGGGCCGUAGCAAUUUCAAGUCAAUUGACAGCAUAAUCAUGAGGUUCCCUCAGUUCAGGGAGGAACUCAAGAAAAUAAGAGAUGUCUUUGAACAGUAUGAUGAGGACUCAAAUGGAACUAUUGACCUUGAGGAACUGAAGAAAUGCUUACAGAAACUGGAACUCCAUCUGACAGCGGAGGAGAUUGAGGAUCUUUUUCAUUCAUGUGACAUGGAUGGGAGUGAAGGGAUACAAUUCAAUGAAUUCAUUGUUCUUCUAUGCCUCAUCUAUCUAUUAAAGGAACCUUCAUCCUCUCAUAAUACAUCCAAGAUAGAUUCGCCACAGCUUGAAGCAACUUUUGACACCGUAAUUGAAGUAUUCUCAUUUCUGGAUAAAAAUGGUGAUGGGAAACUGAACAAGACAGACAUGGUGAAGGCAUUGAAUGAGGCCUCUCCUUUGGAGAAAUCUCCUGCACAUGUCACCAGGACUCGAUUCAAAGAAAUGGAUUGGAGCAAACGUGGGAAGGUCAGUUUCAGGGAGUUCCUCUUUGCUUUCAUCGAUUGGGUUGGAAUUGACACAAAUGAAGAAAUGUCUCCAGUACGAAGUUCAAGCAAGUAAUGUACAGUUUAGAAAUGGGUGCAGUAGCAGUUGUUCAAAUGAGGUCAGAUUGAUACAUUUAUAUAUGUAUAUAUUUCUAGAGCAUUUUAAGUUUGUAUAAAACAGUUUAGCUGUUCUAUCAUGUUUAGUUAAUGUAUUAUUUUCUUUACUAGUUUGAACAAUCUUGUGAAUCACUAUGAGAACUAAAUGAUGGACAGUAUUUUCACUUUUUCCUGUA